CGCAGUGAGGGCUGCAGGCAGUGACAGGCACCGCGGCUGAGGCCUUUGGGCCGGCGUUAUGGAAGAGCUCCGCGAGGUCCAAAGCAACGGCGACGGCGGUGGCCCUGGCGAAGGAGGCACCGCCGCAGCCGCUGGCUCGGAGGCGCUCAGUGCGGGAGAGUACUCGCGGCGUGUACACCAAUGGCUUUGGGACUCGUACUGCGGAUACCUGAGCUGGCAGAGCGGCCUGGCAGCGCUCAUGGCCGGAGCUGCGACCGCGGCCGCCUCUGCUUCUGGCCCGGCCCCCGGCGGGUACUACUACGGCAGCAGCCCCUGCUACUACUUCUUUGCGACCCCUCCGGCCCCCUCUGCCGAGGCCGGCCCCGUGCCCUCCCGCGCGGCCUCGGCUUGGCAACCGCCGACGGGCAGGCAAGCGCCCCUUGCCCAACGAGCGGGCCCCGCCCCCUCCAGCUCGCAGCGGGAAUCCGGCCGGCCGGCAGGUCGUGAAUAUAUUAUUCCAUCCUUGGCCCACAGAUUUAUGGCAGAGAUGGUGGAUUUCUUUAUUCUCUUCUUUAUCAAGGCAACCAUAGUAUUAAGUAUUAUGCACCUUAGUGGAAUUAAGGAUAUCUCCAAGUUUGCAAUGCACUACAUUAUAGAGGAAAUAGAUGAGGACACUUCCAUGGAAGACUUACAGAAAAUGAUGAUUGUGGCUCUUGUCUACAGAUUGCUAGUCUGCUUCUAUGAGAUUAUAUGUAUUUGGGGAGCAGGUGGAGCAACCCCUGGGAAAUUUCUGCUUGGCCUGCGAGUUGUGACAUGUGAUACAUCUGUACUUAUUGCACCAAGUCGCGUCUUAGUGAUUCCGUCCUCUAAAGUGAGCAUGACAACAUCUACAAUACGAGCUUUGAUCAAGAAUUUUUCUAUUGCUUCCUUCUUUCCUGCAUUCAUUACUCUGCUGUUCUUUCACCAUAACCGAACAGCUUAUGAUAUUGUAGCAGGAACAAUUGUGGUAAAAAGACAUAAUGUCAGAUGAUAUCAAGAAAGUCUUGAUUUGCUGUUCAAAUAUGCUGAUUACAUCUUGUUGAUUAUCUUGUUGGAUUUCUGAAUCUCACUCCAGAAUGCCCGUGAAGACAGUGAACUUUUUUUUCAAACAGUGCCAUAAACAUUGGUGGGAAAUGGCACAAGUUUAAUUGGAAAGUAUUUGAACUGAGCAAGAAAACUAGUUGUCUUCAAGACAUUGGCAGUUUUACAGUAAGAGCACUGCACAAGGAAUACUAGUACUACCAUUUGGCGUCUACAAAUCUUCAAAAAGUAGAUUUAUUUUUUAUGAACAUCUGGACUGUUCUUAUUACUGAAGGGUAACCAAAAGGUUUACAGUGUUUGUGAGGGAAGCUAUACUAAAAAAAGUUGUAUCCUCCUAUUUUGUUGGACUGCUAAGGGUUUGCCACUUUAUAAAAGCCUUAUCAUGAAUCGCUUGCACAAGCAUUGUAUUAUUUUAACACUCAAAACUUUUCUGUAAACAUUGUGUUAAAUGUCUUUGCAUGAUGUGGAUCUCUUGAACAUAAUACAAGAAUCACUGAACAUGCCAGCUAACAUGGGAGGCAAGUAAUACUGGUAUUAAUAGGUAAAUAUUGGAAGCUGUAGCAGUAUGACUAUAGAGAUGAUUGCAAUUUUAAUCAUUGGUUUAGAUGGAUAAUAAACUUUUUUAUCUUUUGCCCUCCCAUCGUACAAGCUCUUAUAUAGAUUUUCAUGGAGGCUUAAGAGUUUCUUGUAAAAAAGCACAGAAAAUCGGUGCAAGAAUCUUAGAUUUGUUUCAGAUGUAUUUGGUAAGAGCCAAAAUAAGCUUGAUGGAAGCAAAGAUUUUGCAGAGCAUUUGGCACCUUUUUAUAACAGAAUAGUUAAAAAAGCUAGUUACCGUUUCUAAAGCAAUGCAGGGAAUUUGUGCAACAUUUGAUAAAUAUAAAUAAGGAUCCUUUUCAUUUUAUAUGGUUGUAUGCCUAGAUAACUUAAAUUAUACUUACUGAAUAAAGCAUAUUGUGCAUGUUUUGUUUUUA